AUGGCAAUUCAAUUAUACCAUCCGUCUGGAACAAUUCAUGAUGGACAGGGAAAUUACUCGGUUAGUGUUAAAUGUAGUUGGCUUAUCGACGCGCGACAUCCCCAUUCAAAUUCUUUGCGAACACCUUCAAUUCGUAUUCACCUGCGUGAAUUUGCUACUGAAUGUGGUUGGGAUCACUUGUAUAUUUACGAUGGCGACAGUGUGGACUCCCCACUACUAGCAGUAUUUAGCGGACUUAUGUAUAGAGCUGAUUUCGCUAUACGAAGAGUACCACAGGUGAUUGCAAGGUCAGGGACAGCGCUUCUUCAUUUCUUUAGCGAUGAUGCCUACAAUAUGUCUGGUUUCAAUCUAGCAUACAAAAUGGAUGGUUGUCCUACAAGCAUAGAGGAUCUUGAGUGCUCUGCUCAUGGAAGAUGCAGUGAUGGUGACUGCAUUUGUGAUACCUUGUAUAAAGGUGAGGCUUGUGAUGUAGCUGCAUGUCCCAAUAAUUGCUCGGAGGAUAAAGGCCAGGGCACAUGUAAAGAGGACGAAGAAAGAUGCAUGUGUAAUGAAGGCUUUGGCGGUAACGAUUGCGGGCAACUCAAGGCGCUUGGUGUUUGGUCCACUAUUUAUCCAACACAGUCACCCCCUCCACCAGGCACGGCUUCACAUGGUGCAGCUGUGUGGCGUGAUACCCUUCAUAUAAUAGGUGGAGAGUCGUACGGUCGCGGAGAGCUAAUGACGACUUAUGAUUUCAACGGCAAUGUGUGGGAAACCUUGCAUAUCGAUGGCGGAGGUAGUGUACCUGAAAAACGGUACGGAGCCUCGACAGUUAUGUAUGGAGAUAAAAUUUUCAUGUACGGCGGUGUGAUUGAAGGACGCGGUAUAUCAAAUGAGUUAUGGGCAUUUGAUGUUUCUGCCAAAACCUGGGAAAAUAUAACGGUUAAGAGUGAUUCAUGUAAUGCAACUGCUUUAACUUCGUAUGCUAUGAAUAAUCCGAGUAUUGACCUUUAUGUUUCUGAAAACGCAGCAGUCUACGAUUUCGGCACGACGAAAAGAAGACCUGUGAAUGUUUGA